CGUGCGUGAACGCAUGAAUCACGAAGAAGACGUGGCGCCGGCUUUUCCUCUGCUUCAACAAGCUACCGCUAUCUAACGAUUAUUGAAUGAGCACAAGUGAUUUUCCAAUCGCUACACUUCCGACAAAAUGAUUUCUCUAACGGAUUCACAGAAAAUCGGGAUGGGGUUGACAGGCUUUGGCGUGUUCUUCCUCUUCUUUGGGAUGAUCCUGUUUUUUGACAAGGCUCUUCUUGCCAUUGGAAAUAUAUUGUUUGUAGCAGGCCUAUCCUUUGUCAUCGGCUUGGAGCGUACCUUCAAAUUCUUCUUCCAGAGACACAAAUUUAAAGCCACCAGUUUCUUCCUGGGGGGUGUGCUGGUGGUUCUGAUUGGCUGGCCUAUCAUUGGAGUGGUGCUGGAGAUCUAUGGCUUCUUCCUCUUAUUCCGGGGCUUCUUCCCAGUGGCAGUAGGCUUCAUUAGGAGGGUGCCUGUCCUCGGGUCCAUACUGAACCUCCCAGGGAUUAGUGGAUUUGUGGACAAAGUCGGCGAGAGCAACAAUAUGGUAUAACAGUGAACAUCUUUGGAUUGGAGGGUAUGAAAUCCCUUUACUCUAUUUAUAAUAGUUUAUAUUGGUGACUUUUCUCUACCGGUCAACUAUUGGCCAAGACUACCCCCAUGUCAAAGGUCAAAGCUGUGAAUCAGGAACCUCUUUCUGAUCAAAGGAAAAUAACGUUUCUUUGGGCAGACAUAUGAAUACAACUGGUAUCGUAAAGUUUCCUUUGACGGAAAUGGAUCUAAUAACCUGGUUGCCAUCGAUGGACAUUGUUACUAAGGGACUACUUUAUCUCAAGGCCCAAUGGGUGAAUUGGGCCCUUUGUGUCACUGCCCGUUCCUGAUCGACUGAUUAUGAUGAUUGACAUGUGACUGGACCAACCACUGGAUUGGACAUCGCUAUGGAGGAGAAGUCUUGAAUCUGUUACAGCAGUCUUUCUUCUAGAAUGUUGUUCUGGAAUGUUAUCUGUACAGUCAGAGAAGUGUUUUGGUUACUUGAUGAAGAGUUUCUGGAAUUUUUGUAUGGCUGUUUAGAGUACAGUUGUGUUACACCUGUGUGCUGUUCAGGAGGAUGUAGCUUUACAGAACAUUCAGAUAGAAAUGUAUUGUGUAGAACAUAUAUGAUUGUCAGAAAGGGAAUUAUGUCAGCUCUAUUUGUUCUAUCUGCAAUGUUCAGAAUGUUUUGCAUCACUAAAUACUAAGCUGUUGAAGAUGACUUGCCCUGUGCGCACAAUGGGUCACAAAUGGGUACAUUCAUUUAAGCUUGUCCAGGACACCGGGUGAGUUGAAUUUACACGUUUUAAACUAUUCCUUCCUAAAGUGAAAAUUUCCACCCACCUGGGGCACUGGGCGAGCUAAAACGAAUGCAUCAAUGCUACAGAUGUGUCUCUACAACCCAGAUAUUGAUGGUCUCACAGCAGCUGGGCUUUGUCACUUUCUACUUAAUGUAUUAAGAGGUUCGUCAGAGAGAUGUUUUACUCAAUGUAUCUUUUGUAAAUACAUACUUGAAGUAGUGUGUUUUUAAAAACAAAUGUGCCUGACAAAAAAAAUUCUUUACACAAAAUUCAGAUUACUAAUGUAGAUUAAAAGAACAGGCAAUGCUGCUUUAAAAACGAGUGUUGUACACGUAACUGUCAAAAUCAAGGAAACGCUUGAGUAAAUGAGGGAUACAAAGUAUAUUGAAAGCAGGUGCUUCCACACAUAUGUGGUUACUGAGUUAAUUAAGCAAUUAACAGCCCAUCAUGCUUUGUCAUGUAUUUUAAAAAGCCCAGUUGCACAUUAUUUUAGCUACCAUGACGAGAAUAAAAUACUUGUGACUUUGGAAGAGGGGUUUAAAGUGUGUCAGUCCCCAGAUCAACCCAUUUCAACACGUAUGGGAGAUUCCGGGGCGGCGCCUGAGACAGUUUUCCCCACCAUCAAUAAAACACAAAAUUAUGGAAUUUCUUGUGGAAGAAGAAUAGUGGGAACUCUAUUGGAAUCCCUCCAAUAGAGUUCCAGACACUUGUAGAAUUUAUGCUAGCUUCCGGUUUUCAGGGGAAAUGGAAGAGCGAGGCAGUGACAUGACUUCCACUUUUGGAUGUUAACAAACCAACACUUCUUCAAUUACUGGAUUGGUUGAACAGUGCAGAAGAGAACCUCAAACAUUUUUUUAAAACAUUUUUUAUUCUCUUCAAGACCAGAAUGUGGGGGAUUUCGUUUCAGGCUUGUUCUCUUUUUUUCACCUGGCUACAUUAAGCAUUGAAGCGGUUCUGGCGACACGUGGUGGCUCAAACGCACUAUUAAGACACUUGAUGUUUCCUUUAUUUUGGCAGUUACCUGUAAUUUGAAAUUGGACAUUCAAGGAAUUGUCAAGAUUUGCAAAUUGAACACGGACAACCUGUGAAAACAAUCAUCCACCUGCCUCAAUGCCAAUGUAUAAUAAUGAUGUAUUCAUUCUGAGAAAAUACGAAUAGGAAAUAAAAAUGGGGGGGGGGGAAUCUGACAAAACAUAGGCUACAUUGAUCAACCGCCCUUAGGUCCACACAUUCUCAAACAAAAGCGGGUCUCCCUCGUCAAGCUAACGAUGUCUUCGGGGUCAACUAACAGGCAUUCACACCGAGCGAGUAGGAAGUGUCACAUUUUCUGGUCUCGUGCACCAGUGUACAGAGCGGUUAGAAUACACCCCCGGGAUCAUUAGGAAGAACACACUGUAAUCGGGUGAACACGGGUUAUACAUGCUGUGAAAGAGAGCGACCCGGCUCUACGUAUUUGCUGACCUAGAGUUGACACACAUUGACGAAGUAUAUGAGGAUGAAAAAUGGCGAAGGUUAUGUAGAAGUCAAUUAAAGGCAAUGAAUAUACUGUACCUAUCACAAGAGCAGUAAUAAAGGACUGUAUAAAUAUCUUAUCUCUGAACGUUUACAGGUCACAAGCUAUACAGAGGCAACAUGCAUAAUGCAACCACAAACUAUUAAGAACAGUAUAUACAUGUCACACAACUCACUUUGGGCAUGCAAACCAUCCCACAAGUCCAGAGAUGUGAGUCCAGUUGUUGAUGGGCAGAGACAGAGAUGUUGCUCUGCCACUGCUUGAGGUAGACUGCAUUGAUUGGGUAAACUGUAUAGUCAAGAGGAUCGGCAGAUGUCUGUCCCCCUAGUAACUUCUCCUAGCAACGGUCACACAGGUCAGUAGCCCCAUUUGUACCUGGUUCUAACUUGCAUAAUUUGUCCUGACCUUGUUGACAUUCUGAUUGUCUACUCCUGUAUAAAAAUGUGGACACAAUCAAAGGACAUAUUGUGAUGAGAACAUCCUGCCCACCUUUCCGAGGUAGUUAAGACACAUUAUGUCUGGAUAUCUUGGUAGUGUAGACUGAUCUACACAGAGAAAGAAUUUAUAUCCUCAUUAUUCCGCCCCCUAAUUAUUGACAGGUGGCACCAUUGACUGACUACAUCAAUAUGUCUUACAAUAAAUACAUUAUUUCAAAAGAAUAGCUGUGAAAUAAUUUGCGUAAUGGAAAGGACCAGAAUCUGGUCACGAUGCAGACACGGUGGAUGGAUAAGACACAUUUUAAUACCAUGUGUAGACACAUUUAUGGAAAUGUGGGCACAAUCCGAAUGUAGACAAGAUCAGGACAAAGGACCCAUGUUAGCACCAGGUACAAACAGGGCUAGAGAGUUUUCAAGGCAGGUUUAUGGUACCCCCUAAACUCUAAGGCUCUGGUCGUGGGGGAUAGGGAGUGGAGUGGGCAGCUCAUUAUAGUGAGGUGCUGAAAACAGUCACCAACCUUCAGGGAAUUCGUAACAUGCUCUAUGUUUUCUAUGUAAUGAAACUUGUGUGUUCAGAAAGGUCGAAACGUCACAUCUUAGUGCCUUUCCAUGACGCAGGGAAGAGUUGGUCAGGAAGAGAAAAAAACGUAUUUGUAAACUUUUAACUCUGAAUCAGAUAUUUCGACCCUGUGGAUGAACUUUGUGUCUGGAGUGAUGGCAGUUUUAACAGCACCUCGCUGUUACGCACGAGGUGCGAAGGAAUGUCCCCAUAUAAUACCCAGUUCAUGCCUAAAUGGGGACCAGGGACAGUCAAGCCAGUUAAUAAGAAGCCAUUGACUUGUUGUACAGUCAGGGCCAAAAGUUUUGAGAAUGACAGAGUGAUCUCCAGCCUUGUCCUCGUCAACACUCACACCUGUGUUAACCUCUCUGGGAGAGGUGGGAUGUUAGCGUCCCACCUGGCCAACAUCUGGUGUAAUGGCAGAGCGCCAAAUUCAAAUUAAAUUACUAUAAAUAAAUAAUAUAAACUUUCAUGAAAUCACAAGUGCAAAACAUCAAAAUAAAGCUUCACUUGUUGUUAAUCCAGCCAAGGUGUCAGAUUUCAAAAAGGCUUUACGGUGAAAGCAUACCAUGCGAUUAUGUUAGGACAGCGCCUAGCCACAAAAAGCCAUACAGACAUUUUUCAGCCAAGGAGAGGAGUUACAAAAAUCAGAAAUAGCAAUUAAAUUAAUCACUAACCCUUGAUGAUCUUCAUCUGGUUGCACUCCCAGGACUCCAUGUUACACAAUACAUGUUUGUUUUGUUCGAUAAAGUUCAUCUUUUUUAUAUCCAAAAACCUUAGUUUAAUUUGGCCGCGUUAUGUUCAGUAAUGUAUUGUCUCAAAAACAUCCGGUGAAAUUACAGAGAGCCAAAUCAAACUACAGAAAUACUCAUCAUAAACAUUGAUGAAAGAUACAAGUGUUAUACAUACGCUUAAAGAUAAACUUCUUCUUAAUGAACCCACUGUGUGUCAGUCUGUGUCACCUUAGUUCCUUUUUUAUGUCUUUAUUUUAGUUGGUCAGGGCGUGAGUUGGGGUGGGCAUUCUAUGUUGUUUUUCUAUGUUUCCUGUUUCCUGUGUUAGUGUUUGUUUUCACAUUUCAGGACUGUUUCGGUUUUCAUAUUCAUUCACUUUGUUAUUUUUGUAUAUUUGUUGUGUUCCGUUUUAUUAAAAUAUAAUAGACACUUACCACGCUGCGUAUUGGUCCGAUAUCUCCUACUCCUCCUCAAAGAACGAGGACAAAAGCCGUUACACUGUGUCAGAUUUCAAAAAAGCUUUACGGCGAAAGCAUACCAUGCGAUGAUCUGAGUACAGCGCUCAGCUAGCAAAACAAGACAUACAGUUACCCGCCAAGUUGUGGAGUCAACAAAAGUCAGAAAUAGCGUUAAAAUUAAUCACUUACCUUUGAUCUUCAUCGGAUGGUACUUCCAGGACUCCCAGUUACACAAUAAAUGUUAAUUUUGUUCGAUAAAGUUACUCUUUAUGUCCAAAAACCUCCUUAUUGUUUGUGCAUUUAGUUCAGUAUUCCAUAUGCACAAAGUGCGGUCCCAUCAUCCAGACGAAAAGUAAAAACAGUUCCAUUAAAGUUCGUACAAACAUGUCAAACAAUGUUUCUAAUCAAUCCUUAGGGUGUUUUUAUCAUAAAUAUUCAAUAAUAUUUCAACCGGACAAUACCGUUUUCAUUACAAAGGAAAGAGAACGAACGGCACGCUUCACGGGAUUGCGCGAUAAACAACUUAUGUCUUUGAGCUGAGCCACUUACUGUGAGUCUCUUAUUCUCUCCCCUUUCACAAUAGAAGCCUGAAACAACUUCUAAAGACUGUUGACAUCUACUGGAAGCCUUAGGAAGUGCAAUCUGACCCCACAGACACAGGAUAUCGGAUAGACAAUCCCUUAAACUACAAACUUGAGAAUUCCCCCUUCCUGGUUGGAUUUUCCUCAGGUUGUCGCCUGCCAUACGAGUUCGGUUAUACUCACAGACAUUAUUUUAACAGUUUUGUAAACUUGAGUGUUUUCUAUCCAAUAUUACCAUGCAAAUGCAUAUCAUAGCUUAUGGGCCUGAGUAACAGGCAGUUUACAUAGGGCACCUUAUUCAUCCAAGCUACUCAAUACUGCCCCCGUUCCCAAAGAAGUUAACGAGAGAAUCACUGACAUGAUGUCAGCUGGUCAUUUUGUGGCAGGGCUGAAAUGCAGUGGAAAUGUUUUUUGGGAAUUCAGUUCAUUUCCAUGGCAAAGAGGGACUUUGCAAUUAAUUGCAAUUCAUCUGAUCACUCUUCAUAACAUUCUGGAAUAUAUGCAAACUGCCAUCAUACAAACUGAGGCAGCAGACUUUGUGAAAAUUAAUAUUUGUGUCAUUAUCAAAACUUUUGGCCACGACUGUAGAUGCAAAUACCAUAUUUAGUAGCGAGCAACUGAAGACAUCCUAUAGAAUAUAAAGUAAGUAAACUAUUUGCCUAAAUAUAGGGAUAAUGAUGUGCUUUGAUAUACUGUAUCGUAGAACUCUUCUAUGCUUAAUGCAUUAUUGAAUGUUAUUUUAAUUAAUAACCGGUGGUUGAAAGAUUAACAAUGGCAUGAUUAUUCUAAUUCUCAUUUUGUAGGAACAUGUACCCUUUUACGCAUGUAUAUUGGUUUGCUAUGGUGCUUUUACAGUAGCAUAAAAAUAUUUUCCUCAAAAUACUUAAUAUAAAAACGGUAUGUUAUUGUUAGUUUUCAGACCUCAAUGACUCUUUUGCUCGCGCUACUCUUGGUUACAUUAAUGUCUCAUCCUUGGAGCGCGCCCCAGGUAACCACAUUUUACGCGCAUCCUACAGACCGCUCAAAACUAGAAUUUGGGUUGAUUAAAAGUGCAUUGAAUAGAAGUUACAAUAACAUCUAUUGCUUGUACUUGGUUUCAGCGGAGAAACUGGACUCCUUGGGCGAUACUGUACUUAAAAGUCGCGCGUAAGAAAGAUCUUUCUCUUUUUAUGCAUAAAGUUGUGUAACGGCUACGGUUGUCCUUAUCGUUAGGCAAUACAAUUAUGUGUGCAUUUGUUCCAUAUGUGAAUAUUUAAUUAGUAUGUAGUGGCCUUGUGGUUAGAGUGUCCGCCCUGCGAUUGGAAGGUUGGGAGUUCGAUCCCUUUGCCAAGUCAUACCAAAGACUGUAAAAGUGGGACCCAAUGACUCUCUGCUUGACACUCAGCAUUAACGAGAAAGAUUGCUGGUUAGGCCCUGCGAUAGACUGGCGUCCUCUUCAGGGUCAAGCUGCCUCGCGCUACAGAAACAGGAGAUGAGCAGUCCCGGGUCGUUUGUGCAGGGCUACUUACAUGUAAUUACAUUAUUGUUGCCAAAGUUGUAGAAAUUAAAAGGGAUUUUUGAUAACUAGGUGUAAAGAGUGGUCCACCAGUUGUAUGAAAGGUUUAGCAAAAUGUUUAAAAGGACAGUCCAUGUAUGGGUCUCAAUUUGUUAGAGCGAGGACACUAUCGUUUCAUAUCAGAGGGCAGAAAAUGGGACGCUUUACAAUUAGGUGAGCAAUGAGCAUAAUUCUCUCUCCUUUGUAGCUUCCUCCACAGCACAUUUGUCCCAUAAUUUCAAAUCAGAUGAAUAUGUGUGGAUUGUAUGUGUCUCUAUACAUUAUAUUACUCGAUGUGAGUCGUGUGUGUGUGUUGUCUCUUCAGGGACCCGCAGUGAAAACACAGAUUGGUCUCCUGUUGCAUCAGCUCUCCUAAAACUUCUGUCAAACAUUUGCUUUCUUUCCGGUCAGGGAAACUCAGAUCUAUAUUUUCAAGACCAACCAAUGUGGAAAACCAACUAUGUGGAACGAUGAUUUGUUAAUGUGAGCGUCUUUAUAUGUUCCGUUGAUGCGUCUAAUACCAAUUAGUUAUUUUUUGAGCUCAUUGAAUAAAAUUAUAUUCCAUAACUUGCAGCAAAUGUCAAUUAUUAAAAGAAAUCAUGUAAUAUAGAAAUAUUUGAUGGUCCAAUUGUAUUGACAGUCUUCUGCUGGACUAAUUUUUAAAAGGGGUUUCCCCUCAAAGUCAACACUGAUAGGUGAUUAGAAUAAAAAAACAUGUCUGUCCUGGGGCUACUUACAGUAACUCUAGUGAAACAGGACUGUCACGCCACCAUAAUUAACAGCAGUAACACCACUUCACCAUGGUCACACGAUGUUUACAUUCUCCUCACUGUGAGAGGUUGCCCCAUCACACUGAUGUGGGAUGACAUGACAGACACGUUCCUACUGGUCAGACUGAGGGCACACGCCAUGGUGUGUUGUUAGGACAAGUACUGUGACACUCCAGUACAUACUGCAAUGUUUGACACCCUAGAGCUCAAUCUGAGCAUGAAUGGGGGAAAAAACUGUUGCUGUACAUAGUAUAUUGUGUUUGUACAUGGAUGUAUGAUAUUAUCAUGAAAAUACCGAAAUGCUUCUAAAUCUGAACCAAAUAAAUUGUUGAUUAAUAA